CCUCCAAAUUUUUGUCUCUCUUUCUCUCUCUCUCUAAGUUUAUUGUUGUUGUAAGAUCUAAUUAUGGAGUUAACCAAUAACUAGGGUUUCCUGGUUGCUUCUGAAACUCCAAAAGCUUCGAGCUUUUACAUCGCUAUGUAUCUGUAAAAACAUAUAUCGAACUAUAUAACAAUGGCGACCACAAACCCUUUUGAUCUUCUCGGCGAUGAUGACAACGACGACCCCAAUCAGCUCCUCCAGAAGCUCCCUCCCCCUCCGAAGAAAGCCCCAGCUCCGGCUCAGUCCGCCGCCGCUACUCAGCCAGCUAAGCUGCCCUCCAAGCCUCUCCCUCCAGCUCAGGCCGCGCAUUACCAUUGUGAAGGUCAUUGAGAAUGAGUGGUUUAAGAAGGGAUAUAAGCCUCCUAUUUUUGCAAACGAGGAUGUUAGUCUCGAUGAUGUGGAUGCUAUUUUCAAUGAAUCAAGGGACACUCAAAACCUUGUCGUGGAAAGACGGGAAGAACAACCUGUGAAUCCUGUCUCUAUGAACGCUUUUGAAUACUUAUAUCUAAAUCUCAGGGUCUUAACCUCAGUUCUCUGUUUGAAAAGCAAAUGGUGAAACGAUGACAACCUUUCUCAGUGAUAAAUGUACUAAGUUAUUGUAUGAACAGUACAAAACUAGAAUGGCAGUGCUGCUCCAAAGUCACGCAUUCCUCAAAUGGUUGCUCAAACACUGGGUUUUGGCCAAAAACAUGAUGCAACUGUUGAUAUACCGUUGGAUUCAAUGAAUGUAAUCAAUUUACAGUUUGAAUUUAUAUUGUUUCAUAGUAUUGGGAGCACUGAGUUGUAUAUCAUGUGGUGUGAUAUGGCAGGAUCCUAAGAAAAGGGAGAAGGAACUUGCAGCUUGGGAAGUGGAUCUAAAAAGGAGAGAACGUGUUAGUUUUGCCUUUCAUUAUCGAGAAUAUACUUGCAACUGUACCUCAUAAAUCUGUUUGUAUUUUCUUAUUUGUAAAUUACUUAUUUGACUGCCUUCAAAAUAACAACCAUAGUUCUUCAUGAUUUGAUGACGACUUCUUUA